UGCCCCUGGUUCAAAAGUGAGAAGCUGUUGUCAAGUUUUUGGUGGGAGGUUGCUAUAUGUUCUUGGGGGGAGAGUCACAGAAUUAUUAUGAGUUUCUUUUUCUUUGCAGGCUUAGCCCUGUUUUGUGUGCUCCUGUCCCAGGAGGUGGCGUCGAUACCCUUCCCCACAGGCACUGCGCGGACUGAAUGUCGGGACCGUUACUUUUGGAUAUGGAUGGAUAAGGAGGCCUUGGGACGGAACUCAUGGCGUUAUAGUGUCUUCAACGAGCUUCAUCAGCACAUCCCUGUGACGGAGCACGUUGCUGCCCAGUGUGGCUUCACCAGUGGCACUGACUUGUACGGCAACCCUCAGAUAAGAGUUUCAUUCCUGGCCUGUUCGGUCCGCAACUUGUUUGACCAGGAGUUCAGCCUCCAGCUCCAGGUGGAGGUAACCAGCCCAGCUAACUUGACCUCUGCUUACGAAGUCUCUAUGAAGUGCCCCCUUGAUGCUCCGUGGAGUCCCCGUGAGAUUGUCUGUGAGGAAAACUACAUGGAGGUCUCUGUCCGACGUGCAGUCCCAGGAAUAGCUAGUGAGGCACUGAACGAGGACUGGAUUGCCGUGUGGCCUGUGGCACAAGGAGCUGUGAACCAGGUGUGGCAAGUGGCUUUCCAUUUCCAGAACGGCUCCCUGCAGAACAUGAUGGCCACUGAGGCACAUGCCUUGGGCUACGGGGUCAACACCACAGCUACCCGUGUCCUCUUCCGCACUCCCUACGGCACUCAGCAGACUGAAGUUGCCAUGGUGGAUGGCAUGGAAGUGGAGGUGGCACGUGCCACUGUCUUUUACAAGCAGGCCUGGAUGAUCCUAAUGGUAGACACUGCUCUUGCCUGCCCCAUCAAUCCCACCAUUUUCACCGCUACCACCUUGAGCUGGGGAACCCCCCGGAUCAUGCCAUCACUGGUGACAUUCCCACAUCUGUAUAGAGAUGAAGCUGUUGAGAUGGGCUUGGAUGGGCGCGUGAUUGACACGGCCACCAUUGUGAGGAAUGGAUACACCUUCCUGACGGACACCAAAUUCAUCAGCAUCACUGUGCCCAUUGGGGCCCCUGGGGGGCUCACGAAGAGUGAUGUGAUUGACAACCGCUAUGGCACAACCUACUGCAUAAAGCUGCUCUUGGACCGCAGGUGGCAAGGAGAUGAGAGCGACCGGACACACCACCGCAGCCUGAAGACCAUCCGCACGCCGUUUGCCCCUCACACACCCGUGCUAAUCGACAACACAAUCCCAGAGAGAGGCUACUUUGACAUCAGCCUAGGCAACUUCUACCCUGAUGUGGAGCUGGCCAUCAUUGCGGUUGGUGGCAAACCUUUAACCCCCGAGGAGCUCAAAGGGCGUGGCAUUGGCCUGGGUGAAGCCCCCAAUCCCAACAACACCAGGGUCUUCAUUCUGCAAGUCCCAUUCACCGAUCCUCUGGUGGAGCAGGAGUACGUGUAUGACAACAUCAGAAGAUACACCCUGCCCCUAGAGUACACCCUCAACUUGGUCCAAAAGGAUAAGCCCUUCACCCAUCCAGCAGUGAUCCAGUGUGAAGUCCCUGAUGUUGUUCUUCCGACCUUUGAGGGGUUCUGUGAGACAGGAAGGAUUGGUCUGCUGAUGACCCAUGGGAACUUGGACCGCUACUGGGUCCCGUAUGUGGGGGAUUUCCAGCUGACGGCUGAACUGGCGAUAUCGCAGAACUACACCAUGCGGGAGGACGGUAGUUACUUCUACCUGUCGGUGCCUCUCUUGGCAACUGGUUUAGCCUACGAGGAUAUCUCCCUCCAAGGACUGACUGCACGGCUUGACUUCAGCCUGAGGAAUAACAAAACGCUAGCGACUGUGAUAGCGUUUCCAGUCGGCUGCAUUUUCCCCACUGGAAAACUACUGGUGUGUCUCCCCAAUGGAACCAUAAUGGCCACAGUCCUCAGCCUGGACACCAAGCCGGCCUUAGACCCCAGGAAAACCCACCUACGGGAUAAGAACUGUGGGCCGGUUGCUGCUGAUGAAUCCAGGGCCCUCUUCUCUUUUCCAGUGGCCUCUUGUGGCACCACAAGAAGGUUUGAUGGCAACUACUUGGUGUACGAGAAUGAAGUGUCCUUCAGGAGAGAGAUAAUUCCGGAAGCAAAUCCAAUUAUUACCAGGGACUCCCAGUACAGGCUUACCCUGCGCUGCCGUUACCCCCUUAAUGAGACGCUCAGAGUGUGGGCCCGCCGACUGCCAAGUGAGCAGGCUACACCUCGACCCUAUGCCCUUGGGGCCAGAGCACACCAGCAGAAGAGAUCUGCAAAUCGCCAUGCUGGAUCCCAGUCCCAGCUAGUGGGUCGUGCUUCAUCAGGAGCAGCUGUGAAAGUGUCUUUCAGGCUUCCAGUCGUCAGCAUAGCUCUGUUUGGGGUAGCUGCAGUGAUAGGCAUCAUCCUGCCUGGUGGUUUACUUGGCUGUUAAAAGCAGUGUUCUAAAUAAUAGUACAGAAAGAACAAUAAUUAAAAAAUGAGAUCUUCAAACA